UUAUAUCUCUGCUAUUUAUAUAUCUAAACUUCAGGAAGUUUCUGAAGGACUCAAAAGGAAAACAAAUGGAUCUUAAGCUUGGUUUUUGUAUUCUCUCCCUAAUUCUGCUGGUUGCUUAUGGGACAGAAGGUAGGAAAAUGGUUCAAGGGAACCUACAGGGCAAAAGAUUGAACUUCCCAAUUCCAGAUGAUGAUGUCCAAAAGACUAAUGUCUAUUUUUGGAUUUAUGAUAACCAAGGAGAAAAUGGUUAUCACAAAACAGUAGAGGACGUCCAAGUUCAUCCAUCAUCAAAUAACAAGAAUCUUGAAAAUAAGGAUGACACUUAUUUCUGGAUAUACAAUAACCAAGGUGGAAAUUCUCAGCAGGGCAAUCACAAAAUCAAGAAAGAGAAUGCCGGAGUUCAAUUAUCAUCAAACAACAUUGAUCAUGAAAACAAGGUUGAUAAUCACAAUUGGAUAUACAAUAACCAAGGAGAAAAUAAGCAUCAUCAAGCAAAAACGGAGAAGGAACAUAUCCAUUCAUCAUCCCAUAUGGAUCAUAUAGAUCCUUCUCUGAGAGUUUUCUUCCUUAUAGAUGAUCUAAAGAUAGGGAAAACAAUAACUGUCUCCUUCCCAAGAAGGGAUCUUUCUUCUUCUCCGAGUUUCUUGCCCAAAGAAGAAGCUGAUUCCAUUCCAUUUACUCAAAAGGAACUCCCAAACAUCCUUCAACGUUUCUCAUUCUCUCGAAACUCUCCACAGGGGAAAGCCAUGGAAGACACACUGAGAGAAUGUGAGGCUCCACAUAUAAAGGGAGAGACAAAGUACUGUGCCACAUCCGCGGAGGCAAUGCUUGAUUUUGUUCAAGGAAUCAUGGGAGAAAAAAUCCAAUUCAAAGCUCUGUCCACAACUCAUUUCUCAAACUCAACUCCCCCACUUCAAGAGUAUACUAUUUUGGAUGCUCCACAAGAAGUAGAAACUCCUAAGAUGGUGGCAUGUCAUACCAUGCCUUACGCUUACGCGAUUUUCUACUGUCAUUACACAAUUAGCAAGAGCAAAGUGUUUAAGGUUUCAUUAGGGGGUGAAAAUGGUGAUAGAGUGGAAGCAAUUGCUGUUUGUCAUUUGGAUACCUCUGAGUGGAGUCCAUCUCAUGCAUCUUUCCAAUUGCUUGGUAUAUUACCAGGAACAUACCCUAUCUGUCACUUUUUUCCAUCAGAUAAUCUAGUAUGGGUUCCAAAAAUCGCCACUGCACAAGUGAUUUGAAAGAGCAGUCUCUCCAUGUAGAUAGCAGCUCUUGUUGGCUUGUGUUUUACUACUACCUGUUAUUACAUGUAUGUUUACUAGUAAUAUUUUCAUGUAUCUUUUCUGUACUGUUUCAGUGUACCUCUUGUUUACCUUCCUUUCCUGUGGAGAGAUCCAAAUUAAAUAAAACAGUACGAUUUUCUGCUAA